CAAAAUCGCUGAUAGGACGUCCGAGAAGCUUGAUAGCCCAGCACUAGAGUACAGUAUGCCUGGAGUGUCCCUGCGAUCGCCAUCCACAAUCCAGAAUUAAUCGGUGCUCCGAAGAAACUGCAAGCAUGGCCGGACUCAUCGGUUCUCGGUUACAACUCCAACCAUGUCAUGGCUACAGCAUGGUCAGCUAUGUUCAAUCGAGCAUCCAUUGACCAUCUCUACUUGCCCAUCGCUCUGACACUAUGAGAGACAAGCAGUCAGCAGCGGAGGCGUCGGUUGUUGACCAGACCAAUUUGCUUCCAAAGGGAGAGUUACUCGUCGUCUUUGGAGUCCUAGCAGUAUCGUUGUUCAUUUGUUUUGUCGACCAGAAUGGCAUUGGAGUCAUACUACCGACCAUCUCAAGAGAUCUGAACGCGGCAGACACCAUUUCCUGGGCUGGAACAUCCGCCCUUAUUGCCAACACUGUUUUUCAAGUUCUAUUCGGAAGACUGUCCGAUCUCUUUGGCAGAAAGGUUGUAUUUCUUUCAGCAUUGGUGCUGCUUGCGACCUGCGACUUGCUCUGCGGAUUUUCCCAAAAUGCUACUAUGCUUUACGUCUUCCGUGGUCUUGCUGGCGUCGCCAAUGGCGGCAUCACUAGUCUUUCCAUGAUGAUUGUCAGUGAUAUCGUCACUCUCAAGGAACGAGGCAAGUAUCAAGGGAUCUUAGGCGCCUGUGUAGGUUUGGGCAAUAUGGUCGGCCCGUUCAUCGCUGCAGCUUUUGCGCAACACUCUACUUGGAGGGGCCUAUUCUGGCUCGUCAGCCCGCUUGCCGCUCUUUGCUGCGUCAUCUGCUCCUUCACUCUGCCUGCAUCUAAGGACAGUCUAAAACUGGACUACAGUACUGUGUCUAAGAAGAUAGACUACUGGGGUGUCUUGUUUGGUUCGGCGGCAAUCGUUCUCAUCCUGAUACCUGUCUCUGGUGGAGGUAGCUACUUCCAAUGGGAUUCGCCAAUGGUCGUCUCAAUGUUGGUUAUUGGUGGCAGUUGUGCUUUGGCAUUCUUCUUUGUGGAAUAUAAAGUCGCCUUACUUCCUAUGAUGCCUCUGUCCCUGUUCUGUAAUGCACCAGUCUGCGUGUUGCUUUUACAGAACUUCUUCUUCGGCAUUGUGUACUACUCGCAGCUUUACUAUCUUCCGCUAUUCUUCCAGAACGCGCGACGUAUGUCGCCAAUUAUGUCGGCAGCUCUCGUUCUACCAAUCACCGCUGCCCAGAUGACCUUGUCGAUUCUGUCUGGCCAGUACAUCUCAAGACGUGAGCGUUACGGCGAAGUCAUUUGGCUUGGGUUCUUCCUCUGGACGCUCGGAGUCGGCCUCACAUGCAUCUUUGACCUCACCACACCAAUAGUUGCCAUCGUGGUGAUCUUGCUCAUACAAGGAGCGGGUGUCGGGUUGAUCUUCCAACCUACAUUGGUUGCAUUACAAGCUCACUGUACCAAGGGUCAACGUGCAGUCGUAAUCUCCAAUCGCAACUUCCUCCGCAGUCUCGGUGGUGCGGUCGGUCUUGCCAUUUCUGCCGCUGCAUUACAAAGCUCUCUCAAGAAAGCAAUGCCUUCAGGGCUUGCUUCUACGUUUUCUUCAUACGACCGUCCGGACUUCACCGCUUUUAAUGCCUCAGAGGAGCAGACACAGGCUAUACUACAGGCCUAUGCUACGGCUAGUAGAACGGUCUUCAUCAUGAACGUGCCGUUUAUGGCUCUUUGUCUGCUUGGAUGCGUUCUGAUCAGAGACCGUGGACUACAGCGCCCUGAUGAGCCUCAAUGGGGUGGUUCAGGUGACACUACGAUGGGCGUCGAGGUGGAGAAGGGCGAUGACAAGACAGAUGGUAUUCAGCAUAUCGUCCGUGAUGCUUCUAAACUCGAACAGGUUGAUGGUAGGGAGAAAUUGACUAGCAAGGGAAGUACGUAGUGGUGAAUUUACAUUCAGACUUACACAUAAGGCCUUCCCCGUAUGUCUAGAAACAGUCCUACG